CUAAAAAAGAAUAAUAAUUUCAUGUUGGCAAAGUUUGGUCUAAUUGUCAAAUAUACGGGGAAAUUUGAAGGAAUUUAUAAAAAUUGUAUAAAGCAAUGCCUUACAAUAAAUACAGCUGUUCAGUAUGUUCAAGGAAUUUGUCAAAAUUUGACAAGCGACUGUCUGAACAUAAAUUAUUGGACGCGAAACAGAGUUGAAAAGUAAAAAAAGUUUUCAUGUAUUCAAAUUCAUAUUUAAACAAUUUUUACAUUAUAAGAUUCUUGUAUAUUUUAUUUAUUAUCGUGGUGCUAUCAUUAUAAACAAAGUCAAACAAAAUUCUUGUGUAGAAAAAAGAUGCGAAGAACGCGUUCCCAAACUCAAGCAGAAAAGGCGGUACAAGAUAAAAAUACCAUGAAUUCUGUACCUACGGUACAACCUCCAAAACGUAUUUUACGAAAACGCUCAACAAAUACUAAUUAUAUCGAUAUGAAUAAACAAAAAAAGGAAUGUCAGGACAUGGUCAAUUUGCUUCGUGUUUUUGAGCUACAAAAUAUAUUAUCGUAUUGUAAUAUUCCUUUCGCUGGACGUAAAGUAGAUCUUCAGCUUCGUAUACAAUCUCUACUAGAAACUAAUUUUGAAUUAUUAGCACCACGGAUAAAGGAAGUAUAUAGCAAAGCACUUGCGGAACAGGGAACUGUGCUGUUGACGGGUGGUUCAGAACCGAAAAACAUGUUUUCUCAGAUACAAAUACCCGCGGUGCAACAAAAUGCUGGUGCAAUGGUAGCUGCAGGUGGACCAGUCAUUGCAGCACAACAACUAGCCGUAAAUUCUGUAGGUGGUGCCGCACCAAACCCAGUGCAGGGAGGUAUGUUUCUUCCAGCACAUUUGCCACCCAUACAUCCGGAUAUAAGUUUUAAGAAAUUGGCAUUUUAUGAAGAACUAGCAAUUUUAAUUCAACCAUCAUCAUUAUUACCACGUAACGCACAACGGAUUCAAGAAAUGCCAUUUUAUUUUACAUUAACACCAGCGCAAGCUACGGAUAUUGCAACAAAUCGUGAUAUACGAAACGCAAAUAAGGCCGAGUAUAAUGUGCAAGUACAAUUAAGAUUUUGCAUGUUGGAAACUUCAUGUCCCCAGGAGGAUUGUUUUCCACCAAAUGUUAGUGUUAAGGUUAAUAAUAAAGUUUGCCAGUUGCCGAACGUUAUACCCACAAAUCGUCCUAAUGUUGAGCCAAAACGACCACCUCGGCCAGUUAAUAUAACACCAAAUGUUAAACUAUCUCCAAUGGUGACUAAUACCAUCACUAUACAAUGGUGUCCCGAUUAUACGCGUGGUUAUUGUAUAGCUGUUUAUAUUGUACGGAAGUUAUCAUCUGUACAACUAUUGAAUCGCAUGAAAACCAAAGGAGUUAAACCCGCUGAUUACACACGCGCAUUAAUUAAGGAAAAGUUGACUGAAGAUGCUGAUUGUGAAAUAGCAACAACAAUGCUUAAGGUGUCUUUAAUCUGUCCAUUAGGCAAAAUGAAAAUGUCAAUUCCAUGUCGAGCUUCAACUUGUUCUCAUUUGCAGUGUUUUGAUGCAAGCCUUUACUUGCAAAUGAAUGAACGUAAACCGACAUGGAAUUGCCCAGUGUGUGAUAAACCUGCGAUCUUUGAUAGUCUAGUUAUUGACGGAUACUUCCAAGAAGUUUUAGCAUCAUCGUUACUACAGUCAGAGGACACUGAAAUACAAUUACAUAAAGAUGGUUCAUGGAGUACACAUAAUUUGCGCAAUGAGACACAAGUGCUAGAUACACCUGCGAAAACAAAAGAGAAAGUAGAGAUUAUAUCGGACGACAUAGAAUUAAUAACCACAGAGGAUGUUAAAUCUGUAAAUAUAAAUAUUACAUCUGCAGUAUCAAGUGAUCAACCUACAUCAACUACUAAUAAUGAAACCGUCGAUUUAACAUUGAGUGACUCAGAUGAUGAUCUACCACUUGCAAAGCGUCGGCCAACUGGAAAACAAAAUGCCGUUGUAUCUUCAACAAAUUCGUCACCGGGCUUGAAUGGUGGCACUCAACGUGGAAUGUAUUUAACACCAAAAAACGGUAAUGAUACAAUAAUAUCUUUGGAUUCACCAUCACCUCCAGAAUCUCCAGUUUCAUCAACAUCAACCCUCAAAAUCAGUUCUGUAUCAUCAACUAUUACAAAGUCUACUAAGUAAAAGUAAAAUUAUAUAUAUUUUAUUACUUUUAUAUUGAGUUGAUCAGUUUGUGUUAAAUAUAUUUUAU